GGUAAACUGUCAUGUCCGCUGUUACCUUUGGCAUGCAGAAAAUGCCUUACUCAUUACAGUAGUAAAGGUGAUUAUAGUCGUUUAAACAGUAUGCUGUUGACAUAUUGUUGAAAUGGAUUACAGUGUCUCUAACAUAUAAUCAUUUUAUGAGCGGCGAGUCGUUGUUCGAUAGAAAUCCCGUACUGGAUUGCUGUGGAGGCUUGAAUAACGUGGAUUACAGUCAGAUAGACAUGUCUGCGCUGGCAGUCCUGACGGGGUUAAUAGACGUGACAGAGCCCAAGUUUUGUGUAGCUGUCAUUGCUAUUAUUUUCAACCCAUACUUCUGGAAUGUGAUUGCCAGAUGGGAACACAGGACACGAGGUCUGACACGAUUGUUCGGUGGUCCGAAUACAGCCUGUUAUUCCCUCGGCAUUCUCAUCCUGCUCCUAAACGUUUACCGUAGUCACAGUAUUACAGUUGCUAUGAAGGGACAACCACGCUGGGAGGCACUGGAUAAUGCACUGGUGUACUAUGCAGGAGCAGCUCUUAUGGCUAUAGGUUCUUUGUUUGUUAUCAGCAGUUUCCUGACCUUGGGUUUUAGUGGCACCUUUCUGGGGGACUACUUUGGCAUUCUGAUGGAUCAGAAGGUAACCGGGUUUCCUUUCAACGUGAUGGACAACCCCAUGUACUGGGGAAGCACUGCUAACUACCUGAGCUUGGCUUUAAUGUGAGUCUGC